AUGUCCUUCCGAAUUGUAAUUUGCUUGUAUCUUGCUUUAACUGUUGAAGCUGUUACUGGCAAGAAUAUAAGACUUGUUGGUGGCACAGAGACUAGUAUUCGGCAUCAUUCAUAUAUGGCUGCUUUUAAGUACAUUUCGAGUGAUGAACAUAUAUGCGGUGGUGCUAUUAUAAGUGCGCAACAUGUCUUAACUGCUGGUCAGUGUGUAGAUGAGGAUUUGGUUAAUAUUAACGAUUUAAUAAUCCGCGUGGGAACUUCGAAUAUAACUGAAAGUAACUUGUAUGUAGAUGGAAUCUUGUUUGAGAUCGAACAAAUUUUCUUACAUCCAGACUACAUUAGCCAAUUAACUACAACUUCCAAGUACCAAAGUGAUAUCGCUGUUGUGAAGAUACGAACUUCGUUUGAAUUUAGUUAUCUUAUAAAUCGAAUAGAACUUCCCACCUCUGAUUUAAAUUAUGGCUCAAUUGCUUAUAUCAUCGGUUGGGGAAAAAGAUCUAUCGAUGACUUCAGUCCUAAUAAAUUAAGAAAAACUUGGAUGAUGAUCAUAAAUAACGAUGUUUGCGAAAGUGCAUAUCAUAUGAGAAUUUUAUACGAUCAAUUUUGUGCAUUUCAAACACAAAGAGUGGGUGCAUGUAUUGGUGAUGUUGGUAGUCCGUUAGUUGCUAAUCACAUUUUGAUUGGUAUCGUUUCACUUUUUGAUCCAUGUGCCUUAGGAUUUCCAGAUAUUUACGUUAACAUUUAUAGUCAUAUCGAAUACAUCUUCGCAAUUUUAAAUUUAUAAUUCAAGUGUAAAUAUUUAAU